AUGACUACCAGAGUUUCUCCUCCUCCUGCCCCCCUACCAGAAACAUGGUCUCGACAUGAUCAAAACCACGGUUGCCCAUUUACUCAAUUACCAGUAUCCCAUCCUCCCACUCCUGUUCUACUACCAAUCUCGGUACCUCGACCGUACGCUCAUCUCGAGGAGAAUAUGACAUCUCAACCUCAAGUCCCUCAUGUAUCACAAGCUCAACCAUACGUAUCUCCUCUCAUUCAAACCCUUCCACUUGCACACUAUCAACAACCUCAUGAUCCCCAAGGACUACGACAAGCUCAUCAAAACACCAAAUUAAAUAUGUCUCUAGGAAUGUUAUUCAAGAAGACAUCUCCUAUCCAAUCCCCAAUAUCGGAUUCUUCUACCUCACCUUCUCCCGUCACACCUACUCUUCAUCCGAUGACUUUUGGUGGAAAGACAAUGGAGAAUCUGGGAAUUGACAGGGGGUACGGCAUGAAAGAAAGAGAUCAUCCCGUCAAUGAUAUGAGUCAACAUGAUCGUUCUAUCAUCGGUAUGACCGAGCAACACAGUGCACAAGUUGGAGACAAGCUAAGUGAAUAUAGUUCUGAAGGGGUCAGACAAGGUACUAUGCGGAACGAAGAAGUAAAGGGAGGACGUAAGAGAGGUUUAUCCUUAGGUUCUUCUAACAAAGGAAAGAAAGAAGAUACUUGGACUGAAGGUCUUCGAACUGGUUUCUUGUCGUUCUCUUCCACUCUUUGA